AUGAGCUCUCAGGAAAGACCGCCGCACCGUGAGGUGUGCCUCUACCGAAAGAACCCCUGGGAAAGCGACAAAGACUCUGAAUCGUCAGAAUCUCUCUCCUCGUCUGACGACUCCAGCGACGAUGAAACCACCAACCCAUUCGACCUCUUCCUCCCCGGUUCUCGACCGCAACAACCCCCUUUUCGCAUCCCCCGUCCUCACUAUGCUUCCACUCCCAGCAGCAGCACCACCAUCUCCUCGGCCUCCUCCUCGUUUCCCUUCCAGCCCAAAACAACCGAGUCCACCCCCCUCCUCCCGUCAAGCGCUCCAAGCAAAUCCCCCUACCUCUCCGGCCUCUCCCGGCCCCGCUUCUGGCUGCUGUUCGGCCAGAUAAUUCUCUCCCAACUGAUAAUCUGCUUCGAUGGCACAAUCAUGGCCUCCUCCCACCCGGUGAUAACCUCCCACUUUCGCUCUGCCAACUCUGCCUCCUGGCUCUCGACUUCCUUUCUGCUCACCCAGACCUCUUUUCAGCCGUUGGUCGGGGGUUUGUCGGAUGCGAUUGGCAGGAAAACACCCUACCUCAUCCUCGCUGCCGUCUUCUCCUUGGGGACGCUAUGGUGCGCCGUUGCUGAGUCCAUGCUCCAGUUCAUCCUGGCUCGAGCAGUCUGCGGCCUCGGAGCGGGGGGGAUGAUGACGCUGGGGAGCAUCAUCAUGUCUGAUGUCGUGCCUAUCGAGAUCCGGCCUAGAUAUCAGAGCUUGUUGAAUGUUACUUUUGGUGUCGGGUCCAUGAUGGGGGCGGGUCUGGGGGGUCUGAUGGCGGAUUGUCUGGGGUGGAGGUGGGAGUUUGGGGUUCAGGUUCCUGUUCUGAUCAUCUGUGUGGGAGUGAGCGGGUUGGUGAUCCCCGGUGAUUUAGGACUGUACGGGAAACAGAAGGUGACGAUACAGCAGGCGUUGAGAGAGUUUGACUUUUGGGGAGCCGCGACCCUGGCGGGGAGCGUGACGGGGUUGGUGUUGGGGGUUGGGCUGGGGGGAAACGUUCUUCCUUGGAGCCAUCCGGUUGUGGUAGGGUCGUUGAUGUGCUUUGCGGUGGUGUUCCCCGUGUUUUUGUGGGUGGAGGGAUGGGUUAGAAACCCGAUCAUGCCGCUUCAUCUGGUGUUCAAGGCGCCGCACAUGAACCUGAUGGUGUCGAGCCAUAUUUCGGCAUUGUUGGCGGCGGCGAUACUGUUUAACGUACCGCUGUUUUUCCAAGGCGUCCUCCUCACCUCGGCUACAGAGUCCGGCCUCCGCCUGGUAACCUGCUCCGCGGUCCAGGCCCUCUGCGGAAUGACAGCCGGCUUCUUGAUCACCUGGUCCCGCCGGAUGAAGUGGCCGCUCAUCACAGGCGCAACGCUCGUCAUAGCCGGACUGUUCUGCUUGUUCAGCAUGGAAAGGGGCUGGCCGACAUGGGUUUACAUGCUCUGUCUCGUGCCGGCGUCGGCAGGCCAAGGUUUCCAGUUCCCGGGAAGCUUCAUGGCUGUGCUCGCCGCGUCAAAGCAGCACGAGCAAGCUGUCGUGACCAGCACCCUGAUGCUGUGGAGAAGCACAGGUAACAUUCUCGGAGUCGCCUGCUCAUCGCUUGUCGUGCAAAACUCGCUGUGGUAUCACCUCCAGGAAUUCGUCAGCGGACCGGAAAAGGAGGCUGUGAUCAGCAAAGUCAGAAAGUCGGUCGAGGCUAUCAGGGACUUGGAGGGGACAUACCAGGAUCAAGUCGUACAGAGCUACGCCGCCGCCCUGCGUCUAACUUUUCUAUGUUGCUUCGCUCUGGCCGUUGCGAACCUGUGUUUAGUUGCACCAGUCAGACUGGGAAGAUUGGGGAGCAAAAAGUAA